AUGGCUGCACCGCUGAUCAAGUCCCUCCGCAAGGUCCGUUUGCGCCGCCACUGCCUACCACUACCCGCGUCGCCACCGACGUCGCGCCCGCGAUGCAUAGCUAGCUACAGCCAGGCCAAGGCGCAGGUGCAGAGCAUCUCGCACGCCGCUGCCGCCGCCGUCGCCGCCGGCCCAGACUCGACCCCCCCUCCAUUCUCUUUACCUCCCUCCGCACCGCCGCGAGUUGUUGUCGCCCACGCCGCGCCGGCCCAACGGCCCGGCCAGCUCUCGCCGACGUACUUUGAAGCGACGGGGCAGACGUGGAUGCCGCUAGGCGGUGGACAGGAGCCUGUCGACCCCAACAAGGCCAAGCUCGGAAAGACCCUCCGGAUCCUCCAAGACCGCAUGCCGACUCUCCUACAGUCGCCUCUCCCGCAGCACAUCCUCGCGCCCAACAUCUCCCUACAGCUCUUCCCCUCGACGCACCCGCACCUGCCUGUCGUCUCGGGCCGCGUCGCCUACACCGCCGCCCUGUGGACCUCCCCCAUUGCCUGGAACCGCGUCCCGCUCGUCGGCAACGUACGCAUCGAGAUCCUCGCCGAACGCAUGACCAGCGAGCCGCUGACCUUUCUCCCACGGCGCCCCGGCGCCAUCGCCGACCAGCUCGUCGUGCGGUGGCGGGAAACGACACGCGAGGCGGCCGCCCAAGGGGGCGGCGCCGGCGCCGCCAUUGCAAGGUCGUUGAGGCUGGUAGGCGGCAGUGACCCGGAUAAGGCGUUUACGGGCCUGUUUAUAUUCGAUUUUGAUCAGGAAGGCCGCGUGCUGACGCAUACGAUUGAGACUGCGCAGGAGGGCGGCAACUGGGAGCGCGGCAUGGGUGCCAAGUUUGUCGGGUUGACGGAUUGGUUGCUGGGUGGCAUUCAGCGCGAUCCGGGAGGGACUCCGCAGAUUCCCAUGUUUGAACGGCGGAGGCGAACGUGA